AUGGAUGACGAAAACUUGAAGGUCAGGGCUUCGCGAAGGAGGGAGCUGCCACCCCUCCCUCAAGUAUCUUCACGUGGUCAGCGUUCCUUACCCCCCAUGCCAAGUCAAGACACUGCUGAUGAGAUGCCUGCGCCCAAAACCAAGAAGAAGAAGGCUAAGAAAGAGGUGGAUGCAGGAGAGGAGACAGAAAACCCAGGAAUGGAGAUGAGCAGUGUAGCCAGUCGCAGACAGUCUGAGAGCAGGGAACCUUUGACUCCCGAGCCCCAGGAGAAUCCACCACAGAGAAGAAAAAAGAAGAAGAAAGCCCAGACUAUUGACUUAGAGGGAGAUCAGACUGAUCUGGUGAAUGGUGAGACAGGGGAGCAGAACACUGACGAGGAGGUGCCACGCAAACCAAAGAAGAGGAGAGUAAAGGCAAAAGUGUCGGAGGCACAAAGUGCCAAUGAGCUGGACGUGGAGGACGAUGACAUCAUCACAGACGCCCAGCCCCCAAUCCCCCAGCAUUCUCUGUUUUCGGCCCCUCUCGGGCAGAGCCAGCCCGUGGGGAAGGUGUUUGUGGAGAAGAACCGUCGGUUUCAGGCAGCGGAGCGUGUGGACAGGCGUAAGACCAGCGAUCAGACAGAGCAAAACUUCAUGGAGAUUCAGGCAUUGUGGACCACCAGAGAUGUCUCUAUGAAAGUCCACAGUGGCUUCAGGGUUAUCGGCCUGUUCUCUCACGGUUUCCUGGCCGGCUACUCAGUGUGGAACAUCAUCGUGGUGUACAUGUUGGCAGGAGAACAGAUGAGCACUCUGCCUAACUUACUGCAGCAGUACAGCAGCCUCGCCUACCCAGCCCAGUCCCUGCUCUACCUGCUCCUGGCUCUCAGCACCGUCUCGGCCUUCGACAGGGUGAAUCUGGCCAAAGCCUCUGUGGCACUGAAAAGUUUAGUCACCUUCGAUCCAGUGGCGCUGGCUUCUUUCUUGUAUUUCUGUGCCCUCGUCCUCUCCCUGAGCCAGCAGAUGACCAGUGACCGAAUCAAUCUGUACCCCAGUGCCAACUCUACACUAUGGAUCCCAGGCUCGGAGCGAGCCAUCUUGUAUCCCUGGAUCACGGUGAAUCUGGUCGUGACCGUGCUGGUGGGGCUGGGCUGGGUCCUAGUGUCCACAGGUCCUGACGUGGACUACACACAAGAGUCUUUAAUGGGUAUGGAGGUGGAGCAUCCGAAGCCAGAGGAGAAAUCUGACAUCACAGCAUAAGAGGAGGACCAGCCUGUUGCACCAUUUUUCUGUUGUGUAAAAGCAUUUCACAUGUCGUA